CUGAAAUUAUAUUCUUACUGAUGAAAGCCUUUCAUAUUAUAGACUCAAAAUCUUGAUUUAUUCUCUCUCGUUGCUCCUUUCGUAUGAGGAUUUUUUUAAGUUGUUGCUAUAGCACGUGUUUACUAGCGCUAAUCAUCACGCCGGCUACUUUGAACGCAUGUUCCCAUGAAACUAAAUUUUAGUGUGAAAAUUAUGGUGAUCGCUGUCUUUGUACUAAUUUGUGCUAUAGUCCCGUUUGAAUUUUGGAAAUUACUGCUGUCAUAUGUAUUAUCACUCCAUAAAACCAUCAACUUGCAUGAGUUAUUUCAAUCAUCAACAAUUUAUCAUCUAGUUUUUCGAUACGGUGAUGUUCGAAAAGCUGGGCAUAACUUUUUCUUUGCUGAUGAUAUUAAAAACGAAGACUCAAGUGGCGAAUUUGUUUACCGGCGUUUGGUUAAGGAUAUUAUAUAUACCCAUCGAAAAGCCAGAUCAGCAUCCAACAUUCCACCGUUAAUGCGUAAUCGUAUCAUUCCUUCAGAAAGUAAGACCGCUUCACUCUAAUGCAACCAAUUUCAGGCGAAAAAAUGGAGGCUAUUCAAUCACUUCGUGCAGCUACACUUCAGCAGUCCUCUGGUCAGUUUGCAAAGGCUAGGAAACUUUUGGAGCAUGCGUUCACUCUGGACCCGGACAACAUUGACGUUCUGAUUGCCUUGGGUGAAGCUAUAGAAAGUUCCUAUAAUUAUAAAGAACCUGUCUCAAAGGUCCCUUUAGCUCCAACACAGUCUGUAAUUCCUAUUUACGGUCAAAUAGAAAAUAAUGAUGCAGAUGGUCUGAUACUUGCUGCUGAACAUUUUUAUACAAAGGCUUUAAUUGUUGACCCUGGUGUUUCCAAGGCGUGCUUACACCGAGAGCGUUUGAUGCCAAUAGUUGAAGAAAUAGACCAACGCCUUCUAAAUGCAAUCGAUUUCAAAGUUCGCCAGUUUUAUCAUAUACCUGAAGGUGAUCCUGGGUUACGUCGAGCUAAAGUUGAACACUACUUCAAGCAUGUCUAUCAUUCAAAUGCUAUUGAAGGUAAUACACUGACACUGGCUCAAACUCGAUCAAUUUUGGAGACAAGAUUAGCUGUUGGCGGUAAAAGUCUUUUAGAACAAAAUGAGGUACUUGGUAUGGAUUUAGCCCUCAGAUAUAUCAAUAAUACUCUACUGCAUGGAGAAUCAAGCGCUAUCACACUUGAAAACAUAUUGGAAUUACAUCGUCGAUUGUUAUCCUAUAUAGAUUUAAGAGAGGCUGGAAGACUACGACGUUCUCAGGUUUUCAUAGCAGAUCAUCAACCACCACCGCCUUCAAGUGUACCUGAUCUAAUGUCAGAAUUAGUCAAUUGGUUAAAUUCUGAUGAAAUAGUCGAUAUGCAUCCGAUAGAAUUAGCUGCCCUGACCCAUUGGAAAUUAGUAUUUAUUCAUCCAUUCUAUGAUGGUAAUGGACGUACAGCUCGUCUACUUAUGAAUUUCAUUUUAAUGCGAUCUGGUUUACCUCCAGCUAUAAUUAAAAUAGAAGAUCGUCUUACGUAUUAUGAAUUAUUAAAGACAGCAAAUGAUGGAGAUGUACGUCCAUUUAUUCGUUUUAUAGCAAAAUGUGCAGAACGCACACUUGAUGAAUAUUUGGAUGCAGCUAUAGCUAUUCGAAAGAAAUCAGAACGAGUCACUCGUAUUCAAGUAGAAAAUAUCUCUGAUGAAAGCGUUACUGAUGCUAGAGAAGAAAAACAGGCAGUAGAAGAAGAAGAAUUAACUUCAGCGCCUGCAGUUCACAAUUCACAUUCUCUCUCCUCUUCUUCCGCUUCCUAUGAUAUUCAACAAAAACAAUCAAGUGAAAUUCGUCCAUACCCGUCGAGAAUUACAUACUUUGCUGAUCCUGAAGAUCCAACGCCAUCAUUGCCACCAGUGAUGGCUUUACCUCCUAAUGUUAUUUAUUUAGGCGGUUAAAAAGUUUGUUUGUCUAAUGCAAGAUUUAUUUAUUUAUUUAUUUAUUGUUGUACAUUUCAAUUACAAUGCAAUGUGCAAUAAUCUAUUUUAUUUUAUUUCAACCUAUUUGUUUUUACUGUGAUCCCUCCGCCAACUCCCCCCAUCUUACCAGACCCUUGUCCUCUCUAGAUGCUGAUGACUUGAUUUACGUAAUAUACACCGUUAUUUAUUUGAUCUCUUAUUGGGUAUUGCUAUUUGUUUCUACUUCUGUUGUGCCUUUUUUAUUUAUUUAUUUAUUUUUAUUUUAUUCAUAUUUACUUAUCAGUUAUUAUUAAUAUUGUCACUAUUUUUUUUAAAAUAUUCUAAUGUAUAUUGUAAUGUGAAUACUACCUGACAGAGAGAAAGAGAAAAUGUGUGUACAGAAUAACGCUUUGUUAAUAAUUCCUUAGAAGAAAUAAAAGAAAGAUUCUUAUAUGCACAUAAAUUAGCUUCUUUUUUUAAAAAACAUUUAUUUAUUUUCUCCUUGAAUUUCUUUUUUAUCGUUGGUAUGUUCUUCUGAUAUGUAUAUUUUUUUCUGGUCCUGGUGAGUCCUGUUU